AUGGUCUUCCAUCCGCCGUCGUGGGUGCCCCCACUGCCCUUCGAUCCACCGGACUCGAUUCCAAUUAGCGAGUUCAUGCUCAAUGAGCAAUAUGGCCGUCAUCCUUUCCGUCUUUCAAGGCCACCGUUCACGUGCGGGUUGACUGGCCUCGAGUAUUCGUGGUCUGACGUGUGCAAUCGUGUGAAUGCGCUUGCAUCAGGGCUGUCAAAAGAGCUUGGAUUCACGCCGAAUGAGGGCACCGAAUGGGACAAAGUGGUCUGCGUGUUCAGUGUGAACACGAUCGACACCGUUGUCUUCACAUGGGCGCUUCAUUAUCUUGGAGGCAUAUCCUCUCCCGCAAAUGCUGCAUACUCUGAGGAUGAGCUCGUUUACCAGCUCAAGUCAUCAAGUUCAAAAGCCCUGUUCACCUGCGUUCCCCUCUUAGAAACAUCAAUUGCAGCGGCAAGAAAGUGUGGCAUUCCGAAGGAUCGCGUCUAUCUCUUUGAUGUACCGAAACAAUUGACCGGCGCGAGCUCAGAUUCUCAGGGUUUCAAAACAGUCAACCAGUUGAUCGAAGAGAGUUCAUCUCUUCCGCAGGUCGAGAGGUUGCGAUGGACCAAGGGCGAAGGAGCAAGACGCACGGCCUUCCUUUGCUACUCAAGUGGUACAUCUGGACUGCCGAAAGGCGUCAAGAUCGCGCAUCGCAAUCUCAUUGCCAACGUUCUGCAAGUAGCAACCUCGGAGAAUCCCCACCGUGCAAAGAAAAAGAAGCCCGGAGACGAAUACAAUCCAACGGAAGUCUCAUUGGGCAUAUUGCCUCAAAGUCACAUAUACUCGCUUGUUCUGUUGUGCCAUACCGUGCCCUACCGUGGGGAUCAGGUCAUAAAUAUUCCAAAAUUUGAUUUGCCACAAGUUCUGGCGGCGAUACAGCGAUUCAAAAUCAACAAUCUUUACCUGGUACCGCCGAUCAUUAUUGCCAUGAAGAAUAAUCCUGAGGUGCUCAAAAAAUUUGAUCUUACUUCUGUUGAAACAGUCUUUACCGGAGCAGCCCCGGUAGGCCCAGAAACUGCGGAACAAAUGCAAAAGCAGCACCCCAAAUGGCUGGUUAGGCAAGGUUACGGCCUCACAGAGACGUCGACUGUGGUUUGCUCAACCGCGUUUCAUGAUGUUAUGGACGGUUCUUGUGGUUCUCUGCUCCCAGGCUUCGAAGCUAAACUCGUGUCCAUCGAAGGCAAUGAGAUAAAAGGCUAUGAUCAGCCCGGUGAACUUGUUGUUAGAUCACCUAGUGUUACAUUAGGCUAUCUCAACAAUGACAAGGCAAACCAGGAGACUUUUGUUGACGGAUGGGUGCGUACUGGAGACGAAGCCGUGGUGCGGAAAAGUCCGAAAGGCUAUGAGCAUAUAUUUAUCGUAGACCGCAUCAAGGAGCUUAUCAAAGUCAAGGGGUUGCAAGUAGCGCCAGCGGAGCUGGAGGCGCACCUACUUACUCAUCCCGCGGUCGCGGACUGCACUGUCAUACCGAUUGCAGACGACACAGCAGGGGAGCGUCCGAAAGCCUUCGUUGUUAAAUCAUCAUCGGUGGGCUUGGAAGACAAUGACCGGAUACUAGUCCGAGAAAUAAAAAAACAUGUGGAAAAGACGAAAGCUCGGCACAAGUGGCUUGCAGAAGUGGUUUUUGUCGACACAAUACCGAAAUCACCUAGUGGCAAGAUACUAAGACGCUUGCUGAGAGAUAAAGAUAGGGAAGAAAGGAGGAAACAAGGCCCAAGGUUGUGA